GCAUCAUUCUAACAAAUUUAACAAUCGUAAGAAAGAUAAUCCAAAUAUUUUUCACAUACACAGAGUAAACUAGAGUUCAAGAAGAUGAUUCUCAUGUUUCUUCGUUGCCUAUCAGUUCUCUUGCUAGUACUUCAAUCAGGGUCGAGUGCUGAAGCAACAAAACAAUCUCAGAUAUAUAGCACUUAUCCAACAAUGAUCAUGCAUGACACCUUUCCAACAGAUGUUCCACCAGACAAUACAUUGGAUGACGUUCCAACUUUUGAUCCGACUCCAACCACCACCCCGACAACUACUCCCUCUACAACUCCGAUGCCACCUAGUAUACCAACCACAACUCCGACCACACCAACAACCACACCACCCAUGAAUCCUACACCACCAUCGGGAGGUGGCAUAGGAGGGGGAGGAGGAAACGUAGGAGGAGGUGGAGAUGCAGGAGGGGGAGGAGGAAACGUAGGAGGAGGUGGAGAUGCAGGAGGGGGAGGAGGAAACGUAGGAGGAGGUGGAGAUGCAGGAGGAGGAGUAGGAGGGGGAGGAGGAGGAGGAGGAGGAGGAGGAGGUGGGGGAGGAGGAGGAGGCCCUUGGUGCGUGGCAAAGCCAAGUGCUUCAGAAAAGGCUCUGCAAGUUGGUUUGGAUUAUGCAUGUGGAUAUGGAGGAACUGACUGCUCUGUACUUCAAUCAGGAGGAAGCUGUUACAAUCCAAACACAGUAAAGGAUCAUGCUUCUUAUGCUUACAACGAUUAUUACCAGAAGAACCCAGCUCCAACCAGCUGUGAUUUUGGAGGAACUGCCCAGCUUGUCAACACAGAUCCAAGCUCUGGAAGUUGUCGCUAUACAUCAAAAGGAUCAACGAGCACAACGCCAAUGAGUCCACCUACAACUCCAACCCCGCCCAUGCAGACACCACCAACCACAUUCAGUCCACCAAGUCCAUCAAAUCAAAAUUUUCCACCUCUUGGUGGAGCAUCAGGGUAUGGGCCAGAGCCAACAGGAAGCCCUAAUAUGGCCACUGCUACCUCUCAAGAAUGGGUUAUCUUCUUCAGUUCAACAAGCAUAAUCAUGUACAUUCUACUAGCAAACCAAUUAUGAGAAAAUAUAGGAAGCAUAUACUUUUUUUCCAGUGCAAAGCAGUAUACACAAGCUUCACUGUACAAUCGAAGUUGUCCAGAGGCACUACUCUUGACAGAUGAGCUUCAGCUUUCAGGUCGUCAAUUCUAUCAGGAGACUCCUUCACGACUUCCAUAAUACAUAGUUCUUCUUAGGCUGAGUGAUUGAUCUA